UCGAAACACAUUGUCACGUGACAUUUCGGACAGCAUUCAGACAACAUGGCGGAUGAAAAAGAAAUGGAUAUGUUGAACAAAUUAGAAAAACUGAAAGAAUUAAGAAGUCGCACUCUACAAUUUGAGAAAGUGAAAAACCGUUUGCGACAGGAAGUGGAGAUAACGGAGAGCGAGGAGAACUUCCUGUGCGAAUAUCGUCAGGAGAUGGAGCUGCUGCUGCAGGAGAAGAUGGCGCAUGUGGAGGAGCUUCGUCUCAUACAUGCUGACAUCAACAUGAUGGAGACAACAAUCAAGCAGGCGGAAGAGGAGAGAAACCGGGCACUUGAAUCUGCCAAGAAGAUGUAUGAAGAAUACCGGCCUCUCAAAGAAGAUGUUGACUCCAUCAGAUCCAACAUCGGUCUGUCAAAGCUUCCUGACAUCCAUGAAGAUGAUGACAAGCUAAAGCCAGAAUUUUUUGAGAAGUCCAACCUCGAUUGGCAGAGUGAACCCUCAGAGCCUCCUCUGCCACAGUCACUGGCCGUUGCUGCUGCUGCUGCACAACAGAUACAGGUCCCACGAGCCAAGACAACAGACAGGCAGGCAUUCAGACAACAGCCACCACCAAUGAAGGCUUGUCUGUCGUGCCACCAACAGAUUCACCGCAAUGCUCCAAUAUGUCCGCUCUGCAAAGCUAAAAGUCGAUCCAGAAACCCAAAGAAGCCAAAACGCAAACUUGACGAAUGAUACAUCUAUGUGUGUCUGUGUGUUGUCUGUUUGUUGUCUGUGUGUGUAGUGAAUGUCUGGAGGAUGCGAGAGAUGGGACAGGUGCCUCGUAAUAUCUAGACACUUACCGGUAGCAUUCCACUAUGGCCCACAUACAUGGCAACCCUGUAGUUCUAUCCAAAGAUUGUCUUGAAACUCCAUUCACAGCAGUGGUAGUGUUACUUAAUGAAUGGCAUUGGGACCCUAAGUUAUAUGUUGCAAGGAAAUGUCCCUUACUCUCCCAGGACAACUGAAGGACAAGAAUGUUUUGUCAUGAUUUAUACUUAGCAUAACUUAGUUAUCUGAAGUGUGAGACUGUUCUCUGUCAGAAGUAUCCUAAUUUAGCAACCUGUAGCAAUGUUUAGUCGAUGAUUGUGUUCACUGACGUCAGUGAUGGUGAAAACGGUGAGAACAUAUGUCCAGGGAUGCAACAAAGCACUUGCCCACUAGCUGGAAUUAUUUUGUCUGAUGUUAAAAGAUAUUGUGGACUGGUAAAAUAUCAUUUGGGGUGUCUAGACUUGACAUGGAAAAUGAGUCUCACUACAUCAGUGAUUCUCUAGUUCCGGGCAUUCUGUGGCCUCACACAACCACACGGUUUCCAUUUUGUUAUGGACUGAUUAUUUUAAGAAACAUUUCCACAGUGGUAAAUUUUGAGAAGCAAACUUGAGUAGUGUGUCUUCAUGAACUGUGCAUUCAAGACCAGUUUAACAUUGCACACAUGGCAGCCUAUCCCCAUUCACAUGUUUGAAGAACAGGGAACUUACAUGUGAUGUGGCAUGUUUGUUUAUCGUUUCCUCCCAGACUAUGUCAAUAACAAAUCUGUAGACCAGUAUAUUGAGGGAAGAAGUAUUUGAUCUCUCUUAGUGGUUGUGUUUUGUGUCACCCUGAGUUGCAAUGAGUCUGUUCUGUCUUGUACUGAGUGUCUUAGCUGCAACCAAAUUGUUAGUUUCCAUGGAAAUAGGACAGUUUUCUAUCUUGCCUCUGUUGUUGAAACUUUAUUUUACAUGAGUUUUAUGUAUAUUUUGCAAUCUCAUUUACCAUGUAUAUUUUGAUAAAUCAUCAUUAUUUUAAUAAAACCUUAAUAUUUCACAUGACAA